AUCUGAAGUUGUGACACAAUGUUUGGACAAGGGGCAGGAUUUGGUCAGUCUAGUGCUGGAUCUGCAUUUGGGCAGGCAACUGGACAAAACCAACAGACCUAUGGCACUGGGCAGGGUCCUGGGUUUGGCACAAAUGGGCAAUCAACAUUUGGUUCAGCAGGCCAGACACCAAUGGGAUUUGGAAGUACAACACAAUCCUCAUCAAUUUUUGGUACAUCUACAAGUACACCAGCAUUUGGUGGUUCUUCAGUGUUUCGUACAACCACAAAUUCAUCAGCAUUUGGUGUAACCAUGAGCACCAGCCAAUCAACAUUUGGAGCUGGAACUGCCUUUGGAACUGGUCUCAUAAACAAUUCAUCAGCUUUUAUCUCAAGUCAGACAUCCAGUGGAUCAGGUUUUGGUAAUGUGGCAACUUCAUCAUCAAUAUUUGGUGGUUCAGGAACUGCAAGUACAUUAGGUGGCCAAACUACAGCAACAUCUUUAUUUGGGGGUACAAAUCUCACUAUUUUAGAGCCUCUUGGUGGCUCUGGACAGGGCAGUGGUUCUGUACUUACUAGCUCCAAUCAAACCAUUUCUGCUUUCAGUACUGCUGCUCCGAGCAAUUUAGCAUUUGGUGGCACAAGUAAUAGCCAGAGAAGCACAACAUUUGGUGCCGCUAGCCAGAGUAGUUCAACAUUUGGUGGCACUGGCCAGGGAAGUUCAGUCUUUGGUGGCACGGGCCAAGGAAAUUCAACAUUUGGUGGCACUGGCCAGGGAAGUUCAACAUUUGGUGGCACCAGCCAGGGCAGUUCAAUGUUUGGUGGCUCUGGCCAAGGAAGUUCAAUUUUUGGUGGCACUGGCCAGGGUAGUUCAACAUUAGUUGCCACUGGGCAGGGUAACGCAUCUGUAUUUGGUGGUCAGACUACCUUAGCCUUUGGAAGUACAACAGGAUUUGGCACAGUACCACAGGGACAAACAGCUCCUGGACAACAAAGUAAAGAAACUGGUUCUACAGCCAGCCUGUUUGGCGGCACUACUACAACCAAUGUGUUUGGAGGUGCUUCUAAGACCAGUUCAGGAUCUGUGUUCGGUGGAUCUGAGGGUAAAGUCCCUACAGGAAAUGCUGCCAGUCCUCCAUCAAAUCUCUCCAAACAGCUACAGCCCCCUAAAACAACUUUCAUCACCAAGACAACACUGUCAAAAGGUGGAGAAGAUUGUAAAGGAUCAGGAUCUGACAGGACUCCCACAGGAACACAGGACCAAGCCAUGCCUUCACAUGGUCAGUGUUUGACUGGCACUAAUGUCUCCACCGGGAGCUCUUCCUCUUCCACUCAUCUCUUUGGUAAAACAGAUGACAAAAACCAGGGUCUUUUUGGCAAGGACAGGACUAGUGACACUCGCAAAUUGGGAAGGAAAACAAGUGAUGACACAGAUGAAGCUCCGAGGGCAAAGAGGACUAUGUUACGGCGACUGUCAUCUGUGUCUAGUGAUAUUUCUGACAAGGUUGUGAUAGUGUGUAGGAACGUUCCAGCUAAAUGUAAUAAUAGUAUGAGCUUGAAAAGUCACUUCACUAAGUUCGGCCAAGUGAAAAGGAUUUUACCAAACCCAAAACGGCAGCAGGCUACAAUUCACUUCAACACACAUGAAGAAGCUGCAAGGGCUAAACGCCUUGGUAGUAAGAUAGAUGGCAAUCUCAACCCGAUGGAGAUCUUCUGGAGGCGUCAGAGUGGUAGUGUAGUUACCUCCCCUGUUGGACAAAAGCAGGCAGAGGAAUCAACUAGUAGAGCAGGGGAUUCUGGCAAACGACGGGCCACAGGUGCUGAAAAAGACAAGCCCAAGUGGAUGAAGAGUGAGGUGGAUGAUGAGCUAAGUAGUAUGUCCGGCACAUCGGAUGUUAACAGGGAGGUCAGUGGAUCUCUGGACAGGGUACUCAAGCGUCCAGUUGGUCAGACUAGACCAGCACGUAGUCCCGUGACACGUACCAGACAGUCCAGUCCAACCCCAUUGACACCCUCAUCUUCUACAGAUGAUGUCAACAUUGGCAAAGAUUCCCUGCGGACAUUGAGUAACUCUAUUGGACAUACUGUAGCCGAAAAAAUUCAGAUACUCAAACUAAGAGACAAAGUUGUCAGACACGGUCGUACAAAACAGUCGAGUCUGGCUACAGCAAAGGCUUUUGUUGGCCACUGUCCUGACAUGUGUCCCGAGAUGGAACGAUAUGAUCGGCAAGAAAAGCGACGUCUUCAUCAGUUUGAAACUUUACAAGGCGUUGAGUUACAGCCUGGUAUGAACCCCCAGGUGGAUCACCUACGAGCUGUGAAGGAAUAUAGUAGAUCUUCUGCUGAUCAGGAAGAGCCACUUCCCUAUGAGUUACGUCCUAUAUCAGUUCUGGUGACAACCAUGAACUACCUCCUGAGUGAGAUAGCUGACAGAGGAAAUGACGGAACAUGGGGUGACUGGUUUGAUUUCCUGUGGAAUCGUAUGCGAGGUAUUCGGAAGGAUAUUACUCAACAACAGUUGUGUGACAUCCACACAGCCGAACUCCUGGAAAAAUGUGUCCGAUUCCAUGUAUUCUGUGCAGAACGACUUUGUGAAGAAGAUAUGUUUUCCUUUGAUGAAAAAAUCAACAAUGAAAACAUGACAAAAUGUCUGCAGACGUUAAAGGAACUGUACCAUGAUUUGUUGAAGAAACACAACACCUUCUGUCACAAUGAGGCUGAGAUAAGGGCUUACAUGAUCCUAAUGAACUUGAAUCAGGGUGAUAUUUUAAGAGAAACACAGCAGUUACGAGCAGAAGUUAGAAACUCGGUUCACAUACGGUUUGCACUGCAGGUGUAUUCUGCCCUCAACAGUCACAACUAUGUUAGAUUCUUUAGGCUUGUACGUGAUGCCUCCUACCUCAACGCCUGUAUCAUGCACAGGUACUUCACUCAGGUACGGGGUGGAGCACUGAAGAGAAUUCUGUUUACCUGUGGAAAAGGGGAUCACCAGUAUGCUAUAGACAACCUUGUGCGGAUUCUUGCAUUUGAAAACAGUUCAGAAGCAGCAGAUUUUUGUCAGUUUUAUGGACUGAGGGCAAAUACCAGUACAGUGAUUUUAAAUCGAUCAGACUUCAUACAGCCAGAAAACAACUGGCUGCCUCGACGAGCAGAAAGACUCAUAGAGUCAAAACGACUCAUUAGCAUUGGUGAGGUGAUAAAUGGGGCAGCUUUGCCACCUCUCUCUUUACCAUCACCAUCCUUCAGUUUUGAUGAUAAUGGCAAGUUUAUGGCAAAUAUUGGUAUCUCCAUGACAGAUAUGGCUGACUCUCCUUGUGCCCUGUCGGUAAAGCCAGAUAUAGAUUCCACAUCGCCAGCAACUGCUCCACCCCCAUACCCAGGUCCCAGCGGUAGUCGGCCAGGGAUCAAGAUAGAAUCAGCAUUGGAAUUCAAACCACAAACAACUAUCCAGACAGUACCAACAAUAUUACAAGCUGCACCACCCCAGCAACAAAAGUUCACUAACUUGGAUGUGAAGGAAUGUGCGAAGUUGCUGUUCUGGGAGGUGAUUGACGACUUCUGCACUCAAGUGUCUAAUGAGGUUUCCAAUGACGUGCAGACUUACCUGGACCAAAGUAAUGCUAUUGUACACUCUCUGGUAGAAGAGGUCCUUCAUCAGAACGUCAGAGCCCUGUCCAUCGCCUACUACAAUGAAGUCCAGGUCCUUCGACAACGUCAACUCAAACAAGAGAGGGAAGCUGCACUGAAGAGGGCCAUGGCUACACUGGUGUCAGAGGUUAUCAAAGAUGUGACCAAUCAGGAGUUGCUCAACCUCGCCACAGCCAAGGUCAGAGAAGUCAAGGCUGAACUGAAAGAACAACAGAAGGCACGAUGUUCUGAAGAUGUUGGUGAAGAACUAGUGGAAGAUGUGAUGGGAGAACUUGUACAAUCUGUAGCAUCAGACGUCUAUCAGAAGGAUGUAGUAGAACGACUGGAGGAGCUAGCAGACAUCGAGAAAUGUAUCCAGCUCAGAAUAGCUGGAAAGUUCCUACAAGCAUGGAAAAAAGAAUUCUCAGCUCGACAGAAACUUAAACGUGGUAUGCUGACCUUCCCAUCAGCUCCUGGUAUGGACUCCGCAACAGAGCAAAUAGAUAUUCUUAUCCCUGACAGGAGGGAAGAUGGCAUUGUGGGAAACAGCUUCUCCAUCAGUACUGAUGGUAGGCUAUCUCUGGCAUCAUCCAUACAGCUGUCUGAGCAAAGAUGGGUUGGAGCAAAGCUUCUUAGUGCCCAUGAAUUAUAUCAGAAUCUUUGUCACUGCAAGGCUUGGCAGCCUUUUGAUCUUGUGAAACAUGUUGGAGGAAUCCUACACAGAAAACACAAAGGUAAUCUCCCCACCUCUAUCUACUGGAAAUUGUUGCUCUGCCUGCCAGAUCCAGAUACCUGUGAUACAGAAGGAGACAAAAUUGCAACUUUUAACCUCAAUAUGUGGCUAAGAUCAAAGUUCUCAAAAAGUUCAAAGACUACAGGUCAGGAGGAUGUUUUAAGUCUGUACAAAGCAGACAUAGUCCAGGACAGUGACAGCUCAAAGUGUAAACUGUGUGUAUGUGUGAGGGCCAUCAAGGGGGCACAAAUCCAAAGGAACAGACAGGGCGUGGAGGCUCUUAUGGGGGUCAGUGGGAUUAUCCUGGUCCUACCCCCAGGCAUGGAUGAUGAUCCUGAUUCUCAAUACUGGAGGAGAGUGCAUCAGAGACUUGACAGUAUACUUAAGCUGAAGCCAUGUAAACCAGCAGUAUCCUUAGUCAUCUUGUGUCCAGUGGCAGGUGGUCAGUCCAUGGUCACUGACAAUAUGGUCCGCCAGACCAUCAUUGACAAGUACCCAAGUUUGGACAAAGUCGCCAAUAUCUACAUUCUGGACAUAGAUUACAGGGAUGACCUUGAAAUGGGGUUUGACUUUGACAGUUUGUCGUUGUCAGCAGAGGUUGAGGAGGCAGUACAAUGGCUUGGAGAGGAAUACCCAAACACACCACAAUUGUGUGUCAACUACAUACGUGACUUUAUAGAUACUACCCUGCACAAUCUGUUCUACUCACCUGUACUCUACAACCUGAAGCAGAGGAAAAUCAACAAUUGUUUACACCAGAGACCGAGUGACUUGCUGACUCUAUAUAAUGCUGUCAUUAGCCACAUGAAAGAAGUGAUUACCUCCCCUAGAUUGCUUGACCUCUCAUGGCCAGUUCCAGAGUUCAGUCAUUCAAAUGCUGUCGAAGGGCUACCCACAUCUUACUGGAAUGAUGAGGAUCACCUGGAAUAUCUGGGCAGUAUCAUCCAGGAAAUGGAGUUACCAUGGUUACAGGACAUUGACUUGGAAAAUACGGACUGGUGUGAAGUGUGUGAUGAGAUUUGGGCUUUUGUCCGAAGUGUGGCUGGGGAUGAUCAUGGAUCAGCCAAAGUUGAUCUGGUUUCCAAAAUGCGCUUGUUGCUGAAGACAAUAAGACAAGACUUUGAGGACACAUGUUAUCUUAUGGAGGGUGAGAAUCAUUGUGAGCCAAGUUUUGAGAAUGUGCCCUGGACAGAUGUGAUCACAGCAUGUAUAGAAUACAGGAUGACCUCCAUUGGUUUUACAGACCCGCAGAUUGAUGAUUCAGAGGAUGAUGACCAGGAGUUAAAGGUGGUAUAUUUCAAUGACCACUUACAGGCUUACAAAUCCCCAGAUACCUGGACAUACCUGGAGAGUCAACGAGACAUUACAGGUCUUCCAUCACUGAACACCACUGUCCGUACUGCAGUAGAUAAAGUUCAUGAGGCUAAGCUUGAGCAGAGGAGACGAGAGAAAAUACAAGAUUCUCACAUAACAUCUACAUCCUUUACAACUAUCAACCUGGACCCUUUAUCACAGGAAGAAAUGAAGGCAAAAGAGGAAACUUGCCGUCUGCUUGAAUCUGUCAAAACAGAACGUCGUGAAUCACAAAAAUUUGAUCAAUAUCUUCAAAGAGUUUUGAAUGAAUUUGACACAGAUAGUCCAGAUGAAACAUUUAGCAGAAGUAGCCCAUUGUUUCUUAACUCUAAUUAUAUGGCUCUUCCUGAAGUUCUGGAUGCCUCUGGAAUCGAACCAUCAGUGUUUGCAGACUGUGUUACUCCUCAGCGACCCCCUUUAUCAGACCAAUCCAGACUUUCUGCCUUUAAGCUCCUUGAUUCGUCAAUUUCUAAGGAGUCAGCUUUAGCAAGUGUUGAGACUGGCGGCGUGUCGGACAAAUUGUCAAAACUGAAGGAAGAAAUAAAGCUGUAUAGGAGGUCUAGUGAUAUAUUGGAACAGAAACUUCAACUUUUGAUCGAUGAAGGAUUGUAGAAAAUCAGUGUGUGACUUUCAGUUAUCUUCAUCACAAGAAUCAAACAUUAUGUUGGCCUGUUAUCAGUCAAGUGUCUCACAGACGACUUCAAGAAAGUUUCUGUUUAUAAGUUAUUGUAUAUACAUGAAUUACACAAUGUAUUCACUUGUUUUUGGAGAAAAUGAAGUGUUAGAAUGAUUAUGUGUAACAGAGCACUUAAAGGAAAUGAUGAUAUAAGUAUAUCAUUCACUAAAAAGUAAAACUUCAUUGAAAUACAAA